GCUAUUGUCUAUAAAAGCAAGGAGCACGAGGAUGUCACAAAGCGAAAGUCAACGAAAAUGAAGGAACUUUUGAUUGUUGCAUCGUUAUUGUUGAGUGGGGUAGUGGCUGAACCACAAGCUCCAUAUCCCCCGAGCGGUUGGCGACCAAAUGGACCAGCCUUCGAAUUACCGGAGCAAAGACCGCAAUCAUUGACGCCCCAAAAGCAGCAAUACCUCCCCCCGGUUGAUCCAAGAAGGCCACUACCCCCAAACAAUUUUGAUGAUGCUGUCGACGUCUCGGUUCAAGGGCUACCAGUGCCUGAACAGCAGCCUAUAUUCCAAGUGUCACCAAUUAAUGGACAACAAUACACUGGACCUACCAUUAACGCAGACGUUGGAAGGUUGAACCCCAGUUUUCAACAGGCUCAGUAUCAGCAACAAUUAGAAAAAGCACGUCAGUUUGCAAGGCAGCGAGAGUUCGAGGCCACCCGUGCUAAUAUUCCUUCAAAUGGACUACCAAACCAACAAUCACCUAGACAGUUCGCUUUCCAAACUACAUCUACGACGACCAUUACCCAAACGCCCGAAUUUAAAACACCAAAAACAGAAACCACAACCGAACCUAUAGAUUUAAAUGAAGGUGAAAGUUUAGAUGAUGCCAAUGAUACAAAAGAUCAGAAGCAAAAAGUCUCUGUUGAAGUGUCGAAGCAGAAUUUACAGGAGUAUCCUGCUGAAUUAUUUUUGAGACCUCUAAGUCAGCUCAAUACGCAGCCACAAUUUAUAUCUUUAGCACAAUUGGGUCAAUUGAGAGCACCACUUUACUAUCAACCAGAACAAGUUGCACCUGUUACUCAAGGCUUUGAUGGUCCAGAACAUCUAUCUGUUUUGCCUUCAGUUUUAGCACAGAGACAAUUAAAUCAACAAGCUAUUACUCAAAAUCAAGACUUUGCUCAAAAUCCUAUAAUAGUACAACAGGAACAAGCAGCACUAAUUCAGGAACCUUUAAACCAAUACCAGCCAAUAAUCAAUGCGUAUCAACCCGCGCAACCACAGGCUCAAGCUUAUCCUCAAUACCAACCACAACCAGUUGUUGUUCAACCGCAAAUUCUUAAUCAAAUUCAACCUAAUCAAUUCCCUCAGCAACAGCCCAACCAAUUUGCGCAACCACAACAACCUAAUCCUUUUGCUCAACCACAACAACCUAAUGAAUUCACGCAACCACAACAACCUCAUGUUUAUGUGCAAUCCCAGCAACCAAACCAAUUCCUGCAACCACAGCAACCGAAUAUUUAUGCACAACCACAACAACCAAAUCAAUUUCCGCAACCUCAACAACCUAAAGACGUUGAAGAAAUAGAACAAACCGACCAACAAGUUGUGUAUCAAAAUUACCAACCUCAGUUCUAUCAACCACAAUUUCCAGCAAACCAAUAUCAAAAUCCAGAACAGCCAUUAUUUCUGACUCAACCUGCUGCUUACCAAAACCAGGAUCUAUUUUAUCAAAAUCAAUUCCUAUCACAACAGUACGACCCAACUCAAUAUCAAGUGCAGCCUCAGCAGGUUUUCCAGGAUCAAAAUGCGUUGCAAAGUGGCCUAGAUAUUAACCAGCAAGGUAAUGGAAUUGAACAAGAUGAGGAAGCUGAGCAAGAUGAGCAAGAAGAUGAAGGUCCUACGGCGACGGCGGUUGCGACAGCAUUCGGGACAAGAACACAACCACGCAUUAUUGCACAAUACGGAGCUCCAGCACAGGAACAGCCAACAACGACUGAAUCCUCAACUCAGGAGGCUGAAGAUGUCCCAGCCGUUGCGCAAGCGACUGCAGUGAGUUCAGGAAGAAGAAACGCCAGAUUCAGAAGCCGUCGUGUGCGACCCGUAUUCACAGUGGAUAGAUCUGGCCAUUUAGUGUUAGAACAAAACCAAUAAGCACGACACAAACAAAAAACAGAAUUACAAUUUACAAACUAUACAGAAUGAGCUCGCUAAUUUUUUUAAAAAAACGUAAACUUUAUAUUUGUGAAAGUAAAACUUUGUCGUCCUAAUUAGAAUGUUUUUUAUUAUCAGUACGCGCAUAUAUAUCCAUAUGCAUGUAUAUAUUUUAAUUUCGUAUUUAUAUUAUAUUAAUGUUCUAUGUAUUGUUAUAUAUUUAAACAUAUUAAGCGAUACUAGUAGAAUAUAUAUAAUUUUUGUGAUUUAGUAAAGGAUUUCUAUGAAAAGUAUAUUAAAACUACAAACUUAAAGUCUGUAGUGUUGUAUUUUGGGAUCGUUAGUUUAAUUGUGUUCGAGAUGUCUAAAGGUAGCUUCCGCGGUGAGUGAUUCUGCGGAUAAUUCACGCACGAUGACCACGGACAGCCACGCACAGCGCCGAGGCUCUCCAACGGUGCGUGUCAGUCUUUGUCGGUUGUAAGAUUCGAAACCAUUUUGUCAUUCCAAAAUGCGACACAACGCUACGGAUGUGUCUGCGAUUCACACAGGAAUCUUAUCCCACGGUGCGUCAGUGCGAGCACCGUGGGAUGCCACCUUAAGAGCCAACUAACUACUGUUUGUUUAAAUAUUAUUGUAAAUAAUCAUUUAAAUAUAUCUGUGUCUUUAAUAAAUAUUUAUAAAUUUAUAUCAAUUCACAAUGCGGUUCUUGUUAUAUUCAUAUAUUUAUAUUAUAAUCAGGACGACGAUGUUUCUAGCGUUAUAAAUAAAAUUGAACA